AUUUGAGGACAACUGUGAAAUUUUGGCAUAUUCCUCAUAUUGUAAUUAUAUUUAUUCAAAGCUAAGUUCUGCGUUUUAAUUGAAAAAAUCGUUUACCAGAUUUGAGAAUUAUUCCUUACUGUUCCGUAGGCAUACAGUGAAAAUGAUAAAGGCUAUUUUGGUAUUUAACAACCACGGAAAGCCAAGGCUUUCAAAAUUCUAUCAAUAUUUUAAUGAGGAUAUGCAGCAGCAAAUAAUAAAGGAGACUUUCCAGCUGGUUUCCAAACGGGAGGAUAAUGUUUGUAAUUUUUUAGAAGGAGGAAGCCUUAUUGGUGGAUCAGACUACAAAUUGAUAUAUCGCCAUUACGCCACGCUUUAUUUUGUGUUCUGCGUGGAUUCAUCUGAAAGCGAAUUGGGAAUUUUAGACCUAAUCCAGGUUUUUGUGGAAACUUUAGACAAAUGUUUUGAAAAUGUUUGUGAGUUAGAUUUGAUAUUUCAUGCUGAUGCAGUACAUCACAUUCUAGCUGAACUGGUUAUGGGGGGAAUGGUCCUACAAACAAAUAUGACCGAUAUCUUAGCACGAAUCGAUGACCAAAAUAAACUAGUGAAACAAGAAGCAGGUAUUUCUGCUGCUCCGGCACGUGCAGUGAGCGCUGUAAAAAGUAUGAACAUUCCUCAACAAAUAAAAGAUAUCAAGCUUCCCGAUUUACCCCAAGCGAUUAAAGAUUUAAAAUUUUGACCGGGACAAACAUCAACAAACUUAAUUUUGGACUCAAUUAUUACUAGCAAUAUGUCGUCUUCACCUAUUAGUUCAUCAACAUUCCCUACAUUGUCAACUGCUGAAAAUGAUUAUUACACAUUUUUGCGCCAAAAUACCUAUGAACUAAUUGAUGCUCAAUACGACGUGAACUUGUCCACUCCAUCCAUAUUUUCUACUACAAGUUGCAAUUCCGAUUGCUAUCAAAGGGAAGCCGGUGUAAGUUUUUUUUCGUUGGAGACUACAAAAAAAAAUAAUGGCGUUAUAGGUUCUAUAACGGAUAAUAACAUGAGUGAUGAUAAACAAUUGGUCGGUAUAUCUGUUGAAACCCCUAAAAAAAAGAAAAAAUAGAAGAAACCACAGGUCUCGGGUCUUAUUUGCAAUAAGGGUAAAAAAUUUUGGGGUUUCAUUACAUAAACUUUGUAUAUUCAAAAUAUAUGUAUAUGAACAAUUAAAAUGCGGAGUAACAACUCGUGAUAACUGUUUUAAAGUUUUAACUACUUCAACUCUUUCAUUAAUAUCAUUCUCUACAAGAAUAGAAAAUAUGAUUUUGUGUUUUAAUUCAAAACUCUGCAGAAUCUAUUAACAUUACCAAUGUGCAAAUCGGUUAUGUAUUGGAAAUGUUGACAGACGUAUGCAAAACUUUAUGGUGACUAUCAUUAUCAGUGAUAUUUACUGUAAGAAUCAAUUAUAUAAACUAAAGAAGUGUGCGAAUUCAGCCAUAUGUCAAAUUUGAAACAAAAAGUUAACACCCCUCCCUAUUGCAUAUCUAUAAAAAACCGAGUGAUGAGCGAUAUUGCUAUUUUUAAAUCACUGUGAUUUCAGUUUUUUAUAUUGAUUGAUUUUAUAUUGCUAUUGCGAUUGCAACAAAACAAACGAAUUUAUGAGAAUUUGUACUCCACAUUUUUUUUUUUUUUUUUUAAAUUUUCAUAUUUAUUUUUAACAAUAUCCAAAAUUUAUUUGUUUAUCAUAUUUGUAAUCAUAAUAUAUAUAUUUUAAUCAUAACAAUAUUUUUAUUUGUAAUCAUAACAAAUGUACAGUAUUGUCUACAGCUUAAAUGCACAAAAUACGAAUCUAGUUCUCCGACGUUGCAGUGAAAACAUCAAAGUGCACUCAUUGAUUGACCUACUAUUUCAAGAAAAAUAACAAAUUGAUCGGAACGAUUUAUGCGCAAGGGAAGCAUAAUUUUUCCAUAUACAGUGAUCUCCGCUGAAGUACCCUCUUUUCCUCUUUUAAGUACCUUUUAAUAUUUUUGACAUUGAAUGCGUUGAGAAUUGUCAAAAUGAAAACAUAUAUUUGUUAUGUUUUUUUUUCCAUAAUUAUUGUUAUUAAUAAGUAUUUUUGUUAUUGAUAAAAGAAAAAAUAUUAGAUCGAAGUAUUUGAGGAAAUGCUUGGUAAGAACUCCGAGGCACUUAAGCGGGAUUAAUUUAAGUGCCUUUCCCGCUUAAGUGUCCUAAAAGUCUUGCAUGUUAAGAAGGUGGACUUAAAUCGGGAUAACUGUGCAUCAUUAUUAGACUUAAAUAUCAUCGAGAGUAAUGCAUUUGUUGUGUAAUUGUUGCCCAAAAAUUUGAAUAUUAGUAAGAGAUCUUCAAAAUAGGCCAUUGUUUCCAUCUUAAUAGUUGGUGGAGGCCAAACCUGUGGGUAAAUUUAGUUUCAUUUCUACAUUCCAUUCAUUCAUACCUUUAGGGCAGUGGUCGGCAAACCAUACUUUCAAACAAUUUAUUUCGUGAGUGUAUGGGUGUUGAGAGCUACUCAACUGACCUAGUGUUAUGUUCUACUGGUCCCGAACUGGUGAAAUUUGGCCCAAUCCUGGUUUUGGAGAGUUGUCGAGCAAAGUGAACGUAACACUUUAUUACUUAUUACUCUACUUUACAACUCUAACUUAUAGCUUCUUUACACUUUACUCGACAACUCUCUUAUAACAACUGUGUAUUGCUGCCAGUCCUACUCUACUCUACUUUACAACUCUAACUUAUAAUUUGUUUACACUUUACUCGACAACUCUGUUAUCAGAACUGUUUCUUGCUGCCAGUCCGGCAGCCCUUUUAUAGUCGAUUGUUGGCAAUACAUCGCCACUCGAACAUUCUGGCAAUUACGAAUAUCGAUGUAUGGAUAAAUCUGGCAAGUUAUUGAUUUCGAUUGUCAAUUUUAGUCUACUUUCACACGGGCAACUUUUGUUGCUAAUUCUCGGGCGAUUCUCUUUUGCUGUCGCCCCUUGCGUUCACACAUAUGUUCUGUUACAUAUGCGGUGAACACGAGCACUUCUUGUUCGACAACUCUGUUCGUGUUUUUCUGUCAUUCUCUUUCAUAUAAUUUUCUCUACUUCUUGUACGCAUCGUUUCCAAGCAAAAAAAUAUAUUUCAUUAAGUAAUUUUUAUCGUUAUUCUCAAUUUUCUAGCACAUUUUAAUUAUAUUAUGCAUAUUUCUAUAUGUAUUUGCAAAUUACAUACAAAAUUAAAUGAUUAAAUUCAAACUUUCAAAUAUAUUUUAAACAUUAAUUUUAAAAUGUGUGCAAAUGCAACACUGUUACGUAGCAGCGAACUGUUACGAAUAAGAACACAAAGCGUGUUGCCUGAACACAGCAGACUCGGCGCGAUUCUUCUUUCCUCGUCGCCCCCUCUCCUAUAAAACAAAGAAUUGCCGCGACAAAAAUUGCCCGUGUGAAAGGGGUCUUAGUUUGUUCUGGUACCAUUUUCGUUACAAUUGUCACUUCUCUGCUCGCUAUCUUUGGGCGCUGCUUGCCUGUCAAAAAUUUUACUUGUGAAAGCAACAACAAAGUUAUCUAGUUGAAUUCGUGCCGGAGAGUAUGCGAAUACCUCAUUAAAAAUUCUAUCGUCGCUUGCUGAGUGCUACCAAGUUUUGUUUUACUCAUUUUAGAACCAUUUUACUAUUGUGAACGGCUCAAAGGACAAAUUACUGUCAAAAUAAUAAAAAUUCUUAUACACAAAUUUGAAAUUGAAAAUGGCAGGCGAGGAUAAAUCGUAAGUAAUUUUAAAUUCUUUAAUAAAAAUUAAAUGUGUUGCAGAAAACGUAAGACAUGGACGGUGGUAGAAACCAAAGGGCUACUAAAAUGCUACUUAGCCCGAAGAGAAGAAUUUCUACAUCAAAGAAAAAAACGCAACGCAUACGCUCAUGUGUGAGGACAUGCUGGGUCAAGGCUUCACCAACUCGUCAACAACAGUGAUAGCAUUGGAAAAUAUAAUGCGCACUUUGCUAUCGGCGUAUAACACCGCCAAAGACAAUGCCAGCAGAACGGGUCCGUCUUCGUGUAUUGCUCCAUUUAUCGAAGAUAUGGAAUAAAUUUGCGGAGACAGUGUACUUGCUGGAAACAGCCAUACGCUCUCUGUUGGCCUUAUCAUCAGUCAAUCACUUCCCGAUACAUCUCAUGUCUCUACUACAUCUCCCGUUCCGAAUACAUCUACUGUCUCUACUACAUCUCCUGUUCCGACUACAUCUUCGGUCCCACAUACAUCAACAACUCAGAUGCAACCAACACAGCGUAACCGCGGACGAAAAACUGCAAAAGAGCUUUACUACGUUAAUAGGCUAGACUGACAGCAGAGUUAACCCCCCAUUAACUGCGCUUUUAAUCAGUUCCAAAUUUGUAGGUGACAGACGACAGCAAAGCGAGUUAUAAACUCCCAUUAACAGCUGAUUGGCAAUAAUAUUUUUAUUUUGGUAAAAUAAAAUUAGAAAGUAAAUAUUGCGGUUGUUAGCCGCACAAUUAGUAUAAAAUUACUAAUUACUAAAAAAAAUAUACAUAAAUAAGUUGUUAUUAGAACUUCCAUUUUAGAAAAAAAUAGCUAUUUCAUUGCUUGCAUAUGUUUUUGUUUAGAUUUCAUUAAAAACAGCUGUCAGUAUUGCAUAUUUUCAUUCACAAUAGGUUAAAAGCGGCCAUGUUUAACAAUGUUGCCAAAGGAAAUGCCACGAACUCCCACUACAUUUCUAAAAUUUGGAGGAUUAAAUGGGAGUUAGCAAACGGAGUUAACUGAGAUAACUAUCGAAUUAACCCCGAUUAAAUCAGUUAUUCUGAAUUAACGCCGCCGUCUGUCAGGGGUAUAACAAAAUUAAAAUCAAGGAACAGAAGCUAUAUAUUUUUAUAGAAAUUUGAAUGAAUUUGUGAUAUUUUAAUAUAUAUAUAUAUAAUUUAAUUUUAAGAUAAUGAAUUCCUGAAAUUUUUAUUUAUAUUAAAUUAUGGUGUUGCAAAUAUUGAAAUAAUUCAUCUAGCCUAUUACUAUUUGUUUGUUGAUGAACUUCAUGGGACUCAUCUUGUAAGCUGUUUUCUAAAACUUCAUCUUGGUAAUUUUCAAUACUUAAAUCAUCGAGAAUUAUACAUAUAUGGUGGAGAACACAAGCACUAACAAUUAUAUUCACUACAAAACAAAUAUUUGUUUGUUUGGUAAAAUAUAACAUUCUUCUAAAUCUUGUUUUUAACAAACCAAAAGCAUUUUCUACAGUUAUACGUGUAGAGGAGUGUAAUUUGUUGCGAUGCGGUCAAGUUUCCAUAGUCUUUAAAAGGUGGUACCGAUCAAUUGGUAGUGGUAGGGUAGGCUGAAUCGCCCAAAAUGAAAGCCUCAUUUGGAAAUAUCCUUUCUGCAGAACACUGCUGUCAUAAAGAGAACCAGUAUCGCUUUUAUACUAUAUCUAUCGAAAUAAUUUUCUUUAUUUUCUCUGGGAGCUUUAUACGGAUAUGAGUGCAGUCUAUACCACCGAUUACCUCUGGUAAACCACAUUAUGCCUUAAACUUCCUUUUUGUUGCAACUGCGACAGUACUGUUUGACCAUCAUAUGUAUUCAUGAGAAAUCGUUAUAACCCAACUAGUCACACCCGCUACUAUAGUCCAAGCAGUUGAAGAAGACACAUCAAACAAAUUAGCAAACUGCCGAAAAGUGACGGUGUUACUUAUGUACCAAAUAUAAAUACAGUAAUCCCGGCUUAAGUAUAUUAGAUCAAAAUAUUUGAGAAAAAACUUGGUAGCUUGGUCGAAGCACUUAAGCGGGAUUCACUUCAGUGUCUUUCCCUUUUAAGUGUCUCAAAAGUCUUGUAUGUUCAGAGGGGGCACUGUAUAAAACUUUUCUCUAGGUGGGACGAUUUCUCUUCCACCAGUAUUUGUUUUGGACUGAAUGCUAAUUGUAUAUUUCUCUGAAAGUAAAAUGUUAAAAUAAAUUUGUAAAGUCAAUAAAAUGAAAAUAUGCGUCCAUAAAUACAUACCUAUUAAAUAUUCCACGGUCGAACGAUGCAAUCUCAUGUGCGAAUUCAUUCUCACCAUAGCUUUCAAUGACUGCGCAAAAGUUUUGGCAUUUAUUGCUUUCCUCCCUAUCCGAUUCCUCAGAGCUUGAUGAAGAUUCCGAGCUGGAGAUAGAAAAUGCUAAUAUAGCAUUCCCAAUCAUACGAUCCACUUCAUUUUGUAAAUACUGAGAAACCUACAGAAUAAUUUAUUAGUAUAAACACAAUACAUUACAUAUGUUUAAAAAAUCUUUCUUACCAAAUUAAAAUACUCAUUGUUUUUCGUGUUUAACAUAAAUUGAUUUGAUCUUUGUCAAAAUUCAAUCUUGAAAAUUAAAUUGUUUUGCUAGCGAACUGUCAAAAGUUCAGAGCGACCAAGUAUAGACAAUUCGAUUUCAGUGCUACCAGUUCGUAUGAAAAUUUGAAAAGUUUGUUCGAUUGGCUUGUCUAUAGCAGUUAGCCCAUUGAUGACAGCUAAUAUUAAUUAACUAAUUUGCUUAGUGGCCUUUUUAAAAACGUGUCUUUUGUGAAAGUUUGAACGAAAUCCAGCAAACCAGUUCAUAGCGUCAAAUUUUUGAAAUGUAUUGAAUUGAUGAUGGACAAAGAAAUCACCAAACGAAGAUAUCUACUCUAACACAAAUGCCCUAUUACGGUCUACAAACAAAGUGCAUAGUAGUUGAAGUUCUGAAAUUCGGUAUUAUCAAUCACAACUCUACUUUUGUCUCGUGUUAUUCCCUGAACACAUAGACGACGACAAGCGACGAGCUACAUCUGUCAAAUAUUAAAAUACACGCGUUCUUAUGGGCACAGAUUUUUGGACAACAGCGCGACUACACGAAAGCAGGGUUCAAGUUGUCGUUGUCACCAAAUUACAAUUGCUUCUAAUUUUGUCGACGACAAUGACCGUUGUAGAGCUGCCACUAAUAUGUGAAAUGUAAAAUUAUUCAAAAUUCUAACAAAGGUGACGUUAUUUUGCCGGCAGAAGCGUAAAAUAGUUUUGAUAUAUCAUUUGUAAUAACAAUCAAUGAUUUAAAACAAAUAAAUUUAUACAUUUUUUGCACAAAAAAAUUCACUUUGAACUAAAUAUGUAAAAUUUAUUGAAGUGAAAGGUUUUAAUAUAACGGCAAAUACACUUGCAGACUUGUCUGUGCUACAUGCCAUGUAUGGCCAUUGACCAAGUGCGGUUUAACAAAUUUAUUUUAGAAUAUUCAAAUAAUUUGUUUUGUUAUUAAACUUAUAUGUUUGAUGAUUCAGAUUCAUAGAAUAAACAUUAAAAAUUAUUCAGCAGAUGGAAAUUUACAGCGAAAUUUUGCCUAAUCGGUUUUUUCUGUGAGCCAAGUUCUAUCUGAACAGUCCCAUAGCUUUUUCAAUGUGCUGAUGGGCAGUACUUUCAGUAUGUCAUGAUGACAUCCGGAAGUUUUGGUCGACUCCAUUUUGAAAAUGGCUGUCCCCUUCUUUCUUUCGAAACGUGGGAAACGUCAACAUUGGUUGGUUUUCUCGUGUUGUAAAAUUUUUAUUAAUUAGUUUUGCGAUAAUAGUGCAAAAUGCCACGUGAAAUUAAAGAGGUGAAAGAUUUCCUAAACAAGGCACGCCGUGCUGAUGCCCGUGCUGUGAAAA